AUGCGAUGUGCUGUUGUUAAGCAGUCGUACCAGGCCAUGACUGUCUGUGAACAUGCCGUACAGCUUUGGAAUUAUGAGGAAGUUGACAAGAAUGCCUGUUUACCUGUUCUUCUGCUGCUAGAGGAUUGCAAUGCAGACUAUCAGGAUGACCUCAGACGAGAAUUAAGCAAUGCAGUCACAACAAUGAAAAUAAGUCCAUCAAAGCUGUGUUUCAUCAUUCUCUGUUGUAAAAGGUCUCUUGAUCCAGAAAGGAUGUGCACAGCGUUGCCGUUACGCACAGUCGGAGUUACACACAAACUAUCUCCAGCAGAAAAGAAGCUCUUCUCAAAGAAAGCAGAGAGUCUCGAGUUUGAACCAGAGUUUAUACUCACUUUUGUGCUCAUGAGUGAAGAGUUUGAACAGUCGUACAUCACAGGCUUUGUUGAAAACCUGCUGAAGGAAAUUGAUCAUUCAUCUCUUCAGACACAGUUGAUCAAAUUUGUGGCACUACUGAACAGCCACAUUGAGAAUUCAUACCUAUCUAUAUCACACUGUGAGGCAUUCCUAGGUUUAGGAAUCCACUUGGACAAAUUUGAUAAAAUGGCCAAUCCAUCAACGUCCACAUGGAUUGAUGAAGUUCGACACCAGACAUUCGAAAAUUCCUUAAGUGAACAGGCUAGGUUUUUUUUCAUACAGCUAAAAUCCAGUGAGACGCAUAUCGACUCUGUGAGAAUAAUUCAUAAUUUGAUAGCUAAGGAGAUCCUGAAGCAGCUCUCCAGUUAUCAGAGUCAAA